CUGUUCUCUCUCACUCUCACACCAUUACAAUCUCUCUCAAGAACAGUGCAACGACCGGGAGGGUGGUGCCGGCCUGUUCCCGGCGGCGGCGAUGAGGUACGGCGAGGUGGCGCACUUCAGCCACCCGCAGCACCGCCUCCGGCUGGAGCACCACGAUACGCCGUUCCGGUGCGACGGGUGCCGCGAGGUGGGCAUCGGCGCGCGCUUCCGCUGCCCGCACCCGGGCUGCGACCAUGACCUGCACCGGCAGUGCGCGCUCCCGCUGUCGCCGCCGCCGCCGCCGCUCCGGCACCCGUUCUAUCCGCGCUGCGCGUUCGCCUUCCUCGCGCGGGCGCCCGGGCCGCGCUACUGCAACGCGUGCGGCCGCGACGUCGCCGGCUUCGUCUACCACUGCCGCGCGUGCGGGUUCGACCUGCACCCGUGCUGCGCCGCGCUCCCGCACGCGCUCGACGCCGGCGGCGGGGUCCGGCUGUACCUGCACCCGGACUCCAAGGCCGGCGUCGCGUGCCACCGAUGCGGCCACCGCGGGCGCAGCUGGAGCUACCGGAGCCACUGCGGGAGCUUCAGCCUCCACGUGGCGUGCGUCGUGGACAUGCUCGUCGAGAGCUGGCACGGCGUCGGCCGCCGCAAGGGCGUGUACGACGGCGGGCUGGUGGUGCCCGGGGCCGGCGGGUACAGGGUGCCGGCGAUCCGCGGCGCGGCAAAGAGCGUCCACGCGGGCAGGGGAGGAGGGUACGCGUCCUGGGGCAGGAAGAAGGGCAAGGUGAGGCGCUGCUGCGAGAUCGCCGGGUUCGCGGGGCAGGUGGUCAUCUCGGCGGUGCUCGGCGACCCCACCGCGCUCAUCGCCGGCGUCAUAGGGUCCCUCAUCGCGCUGUGACGGACGGACGCCGGCCGAGGGCACCAUGGCAACAUGCCGACAUGAUCAAACGUGCAAAACACUGUACAUGUAUCUUGUAUGUGCAUCGCGCGGUCGCAUGGCAUGGCCGGGCAGAUAGGGACUUCGUGGUGAAGUACCGAGCAGUAAACAGUAAUAACAUGUUCGGGGCAAACUGUAAAGUUAAUCUCUGGUGCUCCCUCCAUUCUAAAUUAUAAGUCAUUCCAAGAAUCUUGGAGAGUCAAA